CGUAAAACCCCAAAGAAGAAGACGGCAGCUGCCGGGCGAGAGCAGCAGCAGUAUCGGCAGCAGUCCGAGCUGUGUCCGCCAGCAGGCAGCAUCUCCGACAGCAUGGACAGUGACGACGGGAGCGUGGAGGAGGUCGUGGAAGGUCCAUUGGAUGAAGAUGAUCAGCCCCAUGGUUUCUGCACAGUGUCCUAUUCAUCCAGUGACCGUUUUGAGGGCCACUUCAGCCACGGAGAGAAGAAUGGCCGGGGGAAGUUCUUCUUCUUUGAUGGCAGUGCACUGGACGGCUUCUACGUGGACGACGCUCUGCAGGGCCAGGGCGUGUACACACAUGAAGACGGAGCUGUCCUCCAUGGGACAUAUGUAGAUGGCGAGCUCAACGGGCCCGCUCAGGAGUGGGAUGCCGAGGGCCGCCUGGUGUUCAGGGGCCAGUACAAAGACAACAUCCGCUGUGGGGCAUGCUGGGUCUACUACCCUGGUGGAGGCUGUGUGUUUGGGGAGGUGAACGAGGACGGCGAGAUGACCGGUGAAGCUGUAGGCUACAUCUACCCUGACGGACACACGGCUCUCUACGGACGCUUUGUGGACGGAGAGAUCAUCGAGGCUCGCCAUGCCACCGUGAUCUCCAGCCAGAGUGGAAGGCCACGCUUCGAAAUCACCGCCAACAGUCCGGUGUAUUCAUACGACAAGUCGACAUCUACCUGUAUCACGGCCCACCCUCUGCUUCCAGACCCCUACGAGAGCCAAAGGGUGUUCGUGGCCGACUCUACGAUCAAAGGAGCGGGACAGGGCCUGUUUGCCAAGACGGACGCUGAGCCGGACACCGUGAUGGCUUUUUAUAACGGAGUCCGCGUCACACACUCAGAGGUGGACAGCAAGGACUGGGCCCUGAACGGGAACACCAUCUCAUUGGACGAGGACACGGUGAUCGACGUCCCUCAGCCAUUUGACCAGACAGACAGAUACUGUGCCUCUCUGGGUCACAAGGCAAACCACUCCUUCACCCCCAACUGCAAAUAUGAGCCGUUUGUCCACCCUCGUUUUGGGUCAAUCAAGUGCGUCCGGACCUUAAGGGCUGUGCAGAAAGACGAGGAGCUGACGGUUGCCUAUGGUUACGAUCUGGAGCCAGCGGGGGGAAAUGGCCCUGAGGCCCCUGAUUGGUACAAGCAGGAGCUGAAGGAGUUCCAGCAGAGACGGGCGGCGCCCAGCAGCCUGUGACAGGAAACGCCAGCGUACGAGACUCCUGCAGACCCCGCUGGAUGUUUGAGAAGUUCCUCCCUACGGCGUUCAGAAGACUACUUGCUGGAGCAGCUCAGUGUGAGUGGAAGCUAAGCAACACAAGAAGUGUGCAAGAAAGCAGAUGUUAGAAGAGGAGACAUGUCUCUGAUGAAGACUGUUAUCAUUGUUCCGGUCGAUUGCUUCACGUAAAGGCAUAUUAUGCAGGAAUUGUCGCUUACUGUUUUGUUAACACAACAUUCAAAGUUAUCGCCGCCCCCCUGACCGCCCAGCGUACCCGCCCAGCGUUUCGCCGUAGCGUACUGCACAGCGUACCGCCGGCAGCAUGGCCCUACAUUCGCCUCGAUAUAUUUGCAUUUUUUCGAGACUGUGUCGCUGUAGCUUCCUCUUGGAUGUGGCUUACGCAGCACGGCACUACACAUCCAGAGACUGACGCCAGAAAGAUCCCCAACUAAGAACACACAAAGAAGAAAAACCAGCCACGCACCGCCACAGGUGGUGACCUUUUGUUUUUAUGAAAAGUCCUGCAAAUUAUACCUUUUUUAACUGUGCGUCAGCUGUUUGAUGCAGCAGCUGCAGUAUAUCUUCCUGUGUCAUCUGGUUAGCUCCCUACUCAUUCCAACUAAUUCAGUAUACUUUACAGCGACUUAUUUAUUCACAACGUGAAAUUGGUGAAGAACUGAAUUUCCGGAGCUUUGUAGAGGUGAUUUGUAUCUUCACGAAGAAAAUUAUGGACGCUCUACGGCCACAGUCUUUAUUAUCUGUGUUUACAUGCUGCAAAAUAAAUCGAUCCACAAUUA